AUGAAUACUUUCAAGACUGUCCUCGGUGCUUCAUCACUGCUGCUAGGACUCGCUUCCGCCCAAAGCAACGACAACAACCCCAGCGUCGAUAUCCUCUCUUGCAGCAACCUUUCCUGCAUCGACGCAAGCAGCGGCAGUGUAUGCCAGGCCAAUGCCACUCUCCAGACGGGAGUCGGCAUUGCCUCCCGUGUCCUCUCUAUUCCUGGAUCCAACGAUCCCCUCUCAUUGACCCUGGUUGACGGCGCUCCUCUAGGCGACCUGGCGGGGUCCGGCGCCUGGCUGACAACCCAAACGCUCUACGCAGGUGUUCCAGCCAACUUCAACUCGUCGAGCCAGAAUGACGCUUGUGCGCUGAUGCUGCAGUAUCAAGCGCAGACGCUGCCCGAAGACGCAGCGCAAGCCCAGAACACGACAUCCUGCAAUGGCGCCCUGAACAGCAGCACCAGAGAUGUGCUGACCAACAUUAUCGACUCCUUCGACUACGGCACCUACGGUAGCGGUGACAAUGUUCUUCCUCGCUGCAAUGCCCUGACACAACAUGUCAAUGCUCAGAUCCGCGCUCGUCAGAACGUCGGGCCCUGGCUCUCUGCCUUCCUGACGGCAUCCGGCGGCGCUCUGACGGGCACAAACGCCAACGAGACGGUUGCCAGACCCCAGUCUCAAGGUUGUCAACCCGUCAGCCCUGAGCAGUACAGUCUGCAUCCUGUGGUUAGCAUGAAUCAAUUCCUGUUCAAGUCCGGACCCCUGUUGUCUGGCUCGAACAAUGAUACCGAGGUUGGUGCUGGUCGCACGGGAGUCACACCUGUGAUCACCGUUGUCUACGGCGACGAGCAAGACAGCGAACCCAAUGUUCAGUACGUGUGCAUGAAGACUUUUGCUGCUGAUGGUGGCAAGUUGCCGCAGAACUCCUUGUCUGAAGACGAGACUAGUGGUGCUUCUUCUGUCUUGCACAGUGUGGGUGCAGUGGCUAUUGCCGCAUUGGUUGGUUCGGUAUUAGUACUGUAG